CACCUUUCAGAUUUGCCUUGCAGAAUGAAUCUGAUUUGCUUUCAAAUGUUGUGAACUAAAGAAUUACGUAGCUAUAGCUCUUGUAAAAGGUUCACAGUGGCAUUGUUCUCUAGAGCUUUUAAGGAAACUCACUGAUUUUUUAAACGACUUCUGCAAGUUGCAGCCAAAUGCUGCAGUGCAGAGGCAGGAGCAUUCUUAGCAGCCAUAAUAUUGUCAGAGAGAAACUGAUGCAGGUCUGCGAGUGGCACUUUGAGGAUAACCAUCCGUUCCGUUGGCUGUAGCGGCUGACCUGAUGUAUCCGGAAUCGACCACAGACUCACCAGCUCGACUUUCUCUAAGGCACACAGGCUCACCGGGCAUGAUUUACAGUGCCCGAUACGGGAGUCCCAAACGGCAGUUGCAGUUUUACAGGAACCUUGGAAAAUCAGGUCUCAGAGUGUCUUGUCUUGGCCUAGGAACAUGGGUUACUUUUGGAGGGCAGAUCACUGAUGAGAUGGCUGAACAGCUGAUGACACUGGCCUAUGAGAAUGGAAUAAACCUCUUCGACACAGCCGAAGUUUAUGCUGCUGGCAAGGCAGAAAUCGUAUUGGGGAACAUUAUCAAGAAGAAAGGAUGGAGACGUUCAAGUCUUGUCAUCACAACCAAAAUCUUCUGGGGUGGAAAGGCGGAGACUGAGAGAGGACUCUCCAGAAAGCACAUUAUAGAAGGACUGAAAGCCUCUCUUGAGCGGUUACAGUUGGAAUACGUGGAUGUGGUAUUUGCAAACAGGCCAGACCCAAACACGCCCAUGGAAGAAACAGUGAGAGCAAUGACACAUGUGAUUAACCAAGGAAUGGCCAUGUACUGGGGCACCUCACGGUGGAGUGCAAUGGAAAUCAUGGAAGCUUACUCAGUGGCUCGUCAAUUUAACCUCAUCCCUCCAAUAUGUGAACAAGCUGAAUAUCACCUUUUCCAAAGAGAGAAAGUCGAAGUGCAGCUUCCAGAACUCUUCCACAAGAUCGGUGUUGGCGCAAUGACUUGGUCUCCCUUGGCAUGUGGUAUUAUUUCUGGAAAGUAUGAUGCAGGAGUUCCUCCUUACUCUCGAGCUUCCUUAAAGGGUUACCAAUGGCUGAAGGAUAAAAUUCUGACCGAAGAAGGCAGGCGACAGCAAGGAAAACUAAAGGAACUACAGGGCAUUGCAGAGCGACUUAGUUGCACCCUCCCUCAACUAGCAAUAGCCUGGUGUUUAAGAAAUGAGGGUGUUAGUUCUGUGCUAGUUGGAGCUUCCAACACUGAACAACUUUUGGAAAACAUUGGAGCAAUACAGGUUCUUCCAAAGUUAUCCUCAUCAAUUGUGCAUGAGAUUGACAGUAUCCUGGGAAACAAGCCAUUCAGCAAAAAGGACUAUCGAUCCUAAUCAGGAAUUUCAGUUAUUCUGGACUGUUAUUAUUUCAAAAACAAUCUUCUUUGCCUGCUCAAGCUAUAACUGAAUUUAAUAUCAGUAUGCUUCUGAUGAAGGAAUUAAACUUCAAGUUCCUGAUGCUACAGAAAAGGAUCAAAAAGGAAAAAGUGAACCACAAACCAAUGCUGGCAAGGCACCGUUGGUUCAGUGGACUGCCUGUUACCUUUGCUAAUUUUUUUUUUCUUUUCCCGGAAUUCCAAAAAUGUCACAGAUUUGAUUAGUUUGCCGUGAUGCCAUAACUUUUCUGCAUUCAUUAUUUUUUAAAGAGCUACUGCUGGAUAUCGGGUUUGGUUGAACAAGAAUAUAAUCUACGGCACUCUGCUGGAACAGCCUUUAGCAGGUUUGACUGUAAUCUAACUGCUUCAUAGGAAACCAAAUCAACAAGGAUUGUCCAACCCCUCCAAAAAAUACAUGUGGUGGGGUUUUGGAUCUGCACACUUCUGUAUAUGUUAUGUACAUCCAAUUGGUCAUGGGCACCAUGACUUCUCGGAAGGCAUCCCUGAUGCCUACAUCUAUUAAUUGUUGGAGAUGCUCAUUUUAAGAAAUAGAAUAAACUAAUCAUGUAAUAUAAUCUUGUGGCACAAUAGAAUAUUGUGGCCUGGUAAUUGGCUGUAUAUAUGCAACAAUAACUAUGUGAUCAUUAUGACUGAAUCAGAUAGUUCUACUUGCCAAGAAGUUGUAGAACUGUAGAUUAAAAAAUUAAGCAGUGGCUCUUGACUGAACUAUGCAUGAUCUAUUAUAAUCAGGAUCUGUGUGUAUGUAUAUGCUGCUGACUAUGUAAAUGCUAUCCAUGGGCUGUUUUGAGAAAAUCGUACAAUAAAGAUAUUGGAUAGAUUGGGAAUUGGACAUUCAAAGAACUAUUGCACUUUUAUAGCAUAGAAUUGCACAUUCUGAAUUUAUUCCCUGCUGUUCUACACACUCAACGAUUCAGGAAUAGUUUCUUCUCUGCUAUCAGAUUUCUGAAUGGACAUUGAACCCACGAACACUACCUCACUGCUUUUAUUCUCCUUUUGCACUAUUUAUUUAAUUAAACUUUUUAAAUAUAUAUAUUUACUGUAAUUUACAGUUUAUUAAAUGUAUUGCAGUGUACUACUGCCACAUAACAAUAUAUCCCGGUGAUAUUAAACCUGAGUCUGGUUCUGUCAGCCCCUUCUAACCAGAAUU